CGUAAUGUUUUCGUUUCUGUUCUAUUUUUAACGUGCAAAAAAUUGAUUAUUUCGAUAGACAAUCGUUCCAGGACUUUUUCACCUGCACAAUCUGCACAUUUGGGUAAAUUUUUAGGCGUUUAAAGCAGCGCAAGAACCUGCUACUCUGUGCGUGAGGCAGUAGCAGCAGCAGCAGCGCACAGGACGUCAUGGCUCUGCUGAGGCAGAUAUCCGGAGUGCUAAACCGUAACGGAGCAUUGUCGCGGAGCGUCUAUCCAUUGCUUCCCGGAAGGUAUGGAGUUCAUCCGUCGCACUUGAGGCUCAUGUCGGUGUUGGCCUCCGGUUCGAGGCAAGCGCGUAUCACAGCUGGAGAACACACCCUGCUGGUGCCCGGGAAUUGGCAGGAUUCCAAGCGACGAGGUUACAAAAAUUUCGGCCAUCAAGAUGAAAAAGAACCACUGUACACGAAGCUGUUCCUUGUGUUUCUUUCCACCGUCAUGGUGGGUGCAUGCCUUGAUUGGAAGAAACUUGGUGCAGCGAUUGGUUGGCCUAAGGUUGACGCAGAUGCCGGUGUAGAGAUGGGAAAGAAGACCAGCUCCCAAGAGCUGGAGCAGGAAGAGGAGGACAGUGAUGUAGAUGCGCAGGGGAAAAAGAAGAGCCGCAAGGAAAAGAUCGGAUUCCGCGAUCGAAAGAUCAUCGAGUACGAGAAUCGAUUGCGCACGUUCGCAACGGCGGACAAGGUGUUUCGCUACUUUUCCACGAUCAAGCUGAUACACGGGGAAACGUCCACGGUCUAUAUGACACCGUACGACUUUCUGCGCGCAAUCACACCGGGAAUGAAACAGCCGGAGGGACUUGGAUUGGAUCAAUACAAGCGGUAUGAUGCCAAGAGCAUUGAAGAGAGCGUCUCCACCCGUUUGGAUCUACAUCUGGACAGUGACAGCAUCUUUUACAAGCUCGGUGCGUACGGGCUUAUUUCAUUCUCCGACUACAUCUUCCUGUUGACCGUCCUGUCGACAUCCCGGCGGCACUUUGAGAUUGCUUUCCGGAUGUUCGACCUGAACGGUGACGGUGAUGUCGAUAGUGAGGAGUUUGAAAAGGUUGCCAACCUGAUCCGACAGCAAACGAGUAUUGGUAAUAGACACAGAGAUCACGCGAACACGGGCAACACGUUUAAAGUAAAAAAAGGUGUUAACUCAGCACUGACGACCUACUUCUUUGGACCGAAGAAUGACGAGAAGCUGACGAUCGAGAAGUUUCUUGACUUUCAGCAGCAGCUGCAGCGUGAAAUUUUAACGCUCGAGUUUUUGCGCAAAAACCCGGACGAGAAUGGUAACAUAAGCGAGGCGGAUUUUGCCGAACUGCUGCUAGCGUACGCCGGCUACCCGCAGAAGAAGAAAGUGAAGAAGAUAAAGCGUGUGAAGAAGCGGUUCCGUGAUCAUGGAUCGGGCAUUUCGAAGGAAGAUUAUUUGAACUUUUUCCACUUCCUCAACAACAUUAACGACGUGGACACGGCUCUAACGUUUUACCAUAUUGCUGGUGCUUCGAUUGAUCAGGAUACGCUGAAGCAUGUCGCCAGGACGGUGGCAUUGGUGGAGCUUUCCAGCCACGUGAUUGAUGUCGUGUUUACGAUCUUCGAUGAGAACAUGGACGGACAGCUGAGCAAUCGUGAAUUUGUAGCGGUAAUGAAGAAUCGGCUGCUCCGUGGGCUCGAGAAACCGAAAGAUACCGGUUUCGUGAAGCUAAUGCAUUCGAUACUGAAGUGUGCCAAGGAUACGAAACCUGUUCUGCUGGAUCUAUAAGCACGCAACUUAAUCGACGCUUCUAACACUUCACACCAGCAAGUGUGUGUGGGUGGCAUCCUAUUUGCUAUUGUAUUCAAAUCUCAUCAUUCACUUGCAGCACAAACAAGAUGUUCCAUCAUCAGUGAACAGUAAAGUGAAUGAAUCGUGUUUUAGACUAGGGAUUGCAUUUUAUUUUACCGUGGAAAAGGUUGCAAGUUGCAACAGACAAGCGAUCGAAUAUUUGUUACCUAUCGUUAAGUUUCUCAUGCCUUUUGCGUAAAGUCCUUUGAGGAAAGUCAUUACCUACGCAUACUCCUAGCUGUAUAAUGAAUCUAAAGUUGUCCCUCCUUUCGACCUGACCUACCGGAAUAGAGGAAUGAGCAGGAUACGUAAAACGACGCCAAGCUAACAGUUUUUAUGUACUUUAACGCUCCUCGGGUAAUCUAUUCACUAAAUUUCCAUACUUUUGAAUCUUGUUGCGAA